UUAAAGCGGUCCGUCCAUGAUGCCUCGCGCGGUGUCCCGUUCACUGAAUUUACUCGAGUGAAGCGCAGAGCUGCUGCUGAUGUAACGGGUCACACCACGCGCACAACUUAAGCCAGCGGACACAUAUUAACAUGCGGACCGGGCCGGAUUUAAUAUAUUCGUCUGAAGAGAGUGUUCUGGUAACAUUGCUGGUAUAAAUCAGAUCAUUAAAGCAAAACUCGGUUCUGCACAGACGGAGUGAAGUGGACCCGGACUGAGGCUCGUGAACGACUGCAGGCACACGCAGGCAGUGAUAAGAGCAGAAUGCAGACAAGAGCACCCGUAAUGGGUGCCUGUGGAGGUGUGGAAUGACAUCACCCAGAUGAGAGGCAUGGAGCUGAAGGUAUGGGUGGAUGGAGUGCAGCGCAUCGUCUGCGGGGUCACAGAGGUCACCACAUGUCAAGAGGUUGUGAUCGCUUUGGCCCAAGCUAUAGGUCGCACUGGCCGCUAUACGCUGAUAGAAAAAUGGCGCGAGACAGAAAGGCACCUGGCCCCCCAUGAGAAUCCUGUAGUGUCAUUAAAUAAGUGGGGUCAGUAUGCUAGUGAUGUGCAGUUGGUGCUUCAACGUACAGGACCUUCUCUGAGCGAGCGCCCCACCUCUGAAACCUCUGCAAGGGCCCCCGAACGCAGCCUAUAUCGCCAAAGCCUCCCUCCUAUGGCAAAGCUCCGCCCCACAGCCAAUGACCGAUCCCUCAAACGGCGUGAGCCAAAACGCAAGUCGCUUACUUUCACCAGUGGUGCCAAAGGGCUACGUGACAUAUUCGGAAAGAGCCGUGAGGGUGAGGCCAAACAGCGAACGGUGAACCGCAGCAGCACGCCAGGCCCUACUCAAGAGCUCUCCCGCCUGGUGCAGCUGCAGAAGGACAAGCUGCGCGUCCUAGAGCAGAAACUGCAGUGCUGUGAGACGGAGCUUCAGCAGCAACUGACGGAGGAAGAAGAGGAGGAGCUGGUCCAGUUGGAGCAACAGGUCCGCAGGAAUGAGGCAGAGAUGAAGGAGCAGGAAUUCUGGGAAAACGAGCUGCAGAUUGAGCAGGAGAACGAGAGGCAACUACACGAGCAGCUGCAAGAAUUGCGCAGUCGUGUACAUGAGUGUGAGGAGCAACUGGGAGAGUACCUGGCACACAUUCAGUGCAUGGAGGCAGGGCUGGAGGCUGAGCGUUUGCAGCAAGAGUUGAUGGAGACACGGCUUGCAGAUGAAUUAGAGGUCCGGUCACGGCUGGAAAAGGCUCACGCCGAGCUGGACAUGCAGGCGCAGCAGGCCGGCAGGCUGGAGAGCAGCUGCAGAGCUGUGGAGCUCUCACUUGGGCAGUCAAACAUAAGGCUACAGGAGAGAGAGCAAGAGCUCGAACAGUUAACUAAGGAGCUGAGGCAGGUGAACCUCCAACAGUUUAUCCAACAGACUGGCACCAAAGUAACCGUGCUGCCAGCAGAUCCUGCUGAGGAGGAAGCCAACACAGAUACAGAGACUCAGUCUGGAUGUCUGAAGCGACUUGGAUCAGCCCGUCAACUUCCCAAUGAUCUACGAGCUCUACAGAGUCCCCUAAACACAACCUUUAACCCUGAAGGCAUCUACGUCUGAUUUUGCACUGGGCAUGAACAUCUAAAUCCCAAUGUAGUUUGCAUUUCCUACAUGACUUCAUGUCAUCUCAGACCAUUAACCUUUCGCUUUACGAACAAACUCUGUGCACUUACAGAGGAAUCUUUUGUUCACUCCACACGAAAUUAGUCCACAUUGGUUUAUUUUGGAGAUUGAUAGUGAUUUACUGGUCUUCCCCAAUCAGUGCUUUAUCAAAGAACCUACAAAGACAUCUCCAGCUCAAUGUUUGCUCACAUUCACUGGACCCAAAGCUCAAUAAGGCCUUGUACAUGUCUUUGCUAGACUCAUACAGAAAAGAGAAAAGACAUGCUGACUCAGCUUACUGUAUGUUCUACCUAUCAACUUUCUGGUGAAGGUCAGAUCAUGAUGUCUUUCAUUUCAAGAAUGUUUAUGAAUCUCCAGGAACACCUCACUCUCAAUGCAAGUAUGUAGGCAGCAGGAAUUAUGGAAAGAUGCUAAAUGGAUGAUAAAUUAUGCAGUUUAUAUUUUAUGGCUCUUCAGCAGGAAGAAAGCUCAUGGAGAGGGGUGAAGUUUCACCUUAGCACUUUAUUGGCCAAAACAUCUGCUGUGGAAUUUUACUGAAAUCUGAAAAGCUGAAGAAACAUUUUCUGUACUGAUCAGGAAAAACAGGUGCAUGUGAUAUGCAAAUAAAAAAGACAGAAUGAGAGAAAGGAAGAGAGAGAUGUUUUUGCAUGAAAGUAGCUUGUGGAAUUUUUGUUAUCUUCUUAAAGAAAAUUGAAGGCACCUGAUUUUUGUUAAAAAAGCAACCUUUUAAUUGAUGCAGGUACACAACGUAUUGCAGCUAUGCACAAGUCUUUCUAAUUACUGGUCUGUAUUAAUGCAUUUUGCGUGGGUUUUCUGUCACAAUGAAAUGGCAGUAAAUCAUUUUGGCCAAUAAA